AUGGAAUCCAUUGAACCACAAGCUGUUACUAGUCAUCAUGUCGUACAAUCAGAACAAGAAGCCUCUGAAGUAGUAGAAGCCCCUCUCAGCAAUUUCACGGAGGGCAACCAGUCUCCCUCCACCAAUGAGAUGGAUCAUAACCACUCCGAUGGCGACAAUAGAGGCGUGCUCAAGCAGACCAGCAUCGAGACGAACAGUAUGAAGCCUGGCUUGCGACUAGGAACAAUUCAUUUUACUGAGACGCCAUCCGCCGUGCCGUCGACAAAGGCAUUCAAGAGGCCAACGAAUACCAAAUUCGACGGGUCCGACAAAUGCUCGAUCAAACCAUGGGAAUCACCCCAGUUGGACGAGCACAAUCGUGACGUCGAUGCGUGGAUCGUUAAUGUCAAUCAACUUAUCGAAGACCUCACCCACGCUGAGCUUUAUUUAAUGAAGCCAAAACCGGCCAAAAACGACGUAGUUCAAAUCAUGACGGAUCAGGUGGCCCUCGCGAUAAUGAAAGGCUCUGUAGGCGUUCAUUACUUCGGGGUGAUCAACCUGGCCUUACAUGCCCAUGAUGCGCUUGAGCAGCUCACUUUGUACAUUGAGCAAGAGGUUGGUGAUUAUCGGGUUCCAUAUGUCCCCAAAGAAUGCAUGCUGACUUGGUUUGCAACCUUUCCGAAAACAGCCUGGUCAUCGCGAUGUGUUGAAAACUCGUGCGCGGAUGGCUUGGAUCCAUGCAACCAUCAAGCCUUAUUAGGUUAUCCUAAAGAUCAUCAAGGAUUAAGGGUUUCUCAAUCACACAAUAUCAUGUGGCAUGCAAUUUCUAAAGAUGCUAAGCCUAAUCUCCUGUGGUGUCAAAGCAUAUGA